AUGGAUGAAAACAAUGCUGCCGUGUUACGGGCGAUCGUUGAAUAUGUGCAAACAAGUGAGUGUGUACUGGAGGUGAAGGUAAUGCGGGAAAUCAGCUGGCCAGAUUUGAUGGCGUUGCAGAAGCAAUUGGCUUCGGAUGUGAAGUUUCGCACCAUUUGGGUCUUCCCGACGGAAAAUGAAGUGGGUGUUACGAUUGUGCGCGUUGAUUUCGGUGGCAAUGUGGCGUGUUCGGUGGCGACGGAGAAGAAGCUACAGAAAAUCAGGCUUCUUAUGGAAAAGUCGGAACCCCAGGAAGUGGGUGAAGUAGAAGCAGGAAGCUGUGCACGCUUUGCAUCGGCGAUGAACUGGAGCUUUUGGGUUAUUGGGAAUCGUACUGUGCGAUUGCAACAUAUUCCACUAACCGAUCAGAUCAGGAGAAUCACCGUACUCGACUGUUCAAUGUUGGCGAUAAGACAAUACCUGCAAAAUCUAGCAUUCAAAGAGCCGUCGAGCGAAUGUUCCGUGUUAAUCGUGUGCGGUGAGUGGGGCAGUGGAAAGCUUACCAAGCUCGUGCAUUGCUUGCUGGGACUGGCUGGCAAGAGUAAGUCGUCCUACCGUAUGAUAUGUGUACUGCAGGAAGAGGUUGAAAUACUCGCGACGGUGUACCGUCUCGCGGCGGAACGUCAGGAAUCGGUCGGCAGCACGAUCGGGUAUAAGCUGCUCAUCAACGCGCAGGUUGGCGAAAUGAACAAUAUCGUGUUCUGCACCGCCCAGACACUGAUACAGUCGCUGAUCAUCAAAACGUUCGACGAAAUUGCCCCGAAACUAACGCAUCUGAUUGUCGACUGUAGCGAUAAGCUUCCGGAGGGGAUGAAUUUGCUGUUUUCGCUUGUGAAAACCAUCAUGGCGCAGAAUACUGAGAUGAAGUUGGUGCUGUUGUGCACCAAGGGAGAGGUCCAAUCGUGGUCAGAGUUUUUUACAGGCGCACAAGUGUGUCACUUGCCGUACAACGAACCCACCGUAAGCUACGCACCGAAUAAGCCGUACGGUGUGGAGUACUAUCAUUUGGAUUGGAUUUUGGACACCAUUUGCACACAUGACGCAAUUCAGAGAAUGAAAGAGAGAUUACCUAAGGUGGAGAAUGCGCUGAAGCUGGCAGCGCAUAUACAACUCAUGUACGGCCAUUGCGGUCUGAAUCAAAGUGCGAGGAAUAUGAUGGAUAAGCUGUUGAAGGAUUGCUGGGACACCGACAACACAACACCGUUCACGGCGAUCCUGUUGCCGUUGCUGAAGCACAACCGACAUAUGGUAGACUAUCAACAUUCGGACACGCGUUUGACAGCCCUGAUGAUUGCUGGUGCAAAAGGGUUCGUUGACGUUGUCCGUAGUUUGCUGGAUCUUGGCGCUAAUCCGUACAUAGUGGGACGGAAAUCCCUGCUAGCUAUGGAUUGGUGUUCCGACGGGAGUGAUAAUCCCUGCCGGCAGCUAAUGCAAACAGCACACGAAUCGUACAGAAAAGACGCAACGGCUCGACAAUCUCUUCUCUGCCAGACGUACCACAAACUGUACAAUCCGUACGUCGUCGAUCAGCACCUGGUGGUGGAUAUUGUGGUAUAUAUCGUGAAGAAAUGUGUAGCUGGGAAUGUACUUGUCGUAUUACCUCAUUACACUGAUGUGCUCGAGUGUCUCCUGUUGCUACGACGCAAUGAUCUCGAGCGAUGCGGAAAAGUUGAGCUUGUUGCCCUCCAUAGUUUGAUCACGGAGGAAGAGUUUAAAGAACAUCGCGUCUAUCUGCCGAUAAACUCAUCUAAGGCCUCAAAAAUGCGUUGCGUGUUUUUGCUAGCGGGAGCUUCGCUGCUCGAGCUCGUACCGUCGCUAACAGCCAUUGAUUAUGUGGUGGACACUGGGCUGAAGAUGCACCAUGCAGGUGAUUACGCCCAAGGCAUUUGUAUGGACCAGUCCUGCCUGGCUACGGCACGCACAUGUCGUCUCUUCAUGUGGCUUGCCCAGCGCAAAUACUUCAUGCUGUACGGCAAGGAUAGGCUGACUAGCGAUCCCUUACAACCACUUCCGCUCAAAGAGGUCUCCUGUGUAACGGAUCCGGAAACGAUACUAACAGCUCUUCUAUGUCGUACCGACACUACCACGCCGACGGUAGAAUACCUUUGCUCUACUUUAUACGCCAUUUGCCCUACUAGUGUCGGAUCCUCGCUAAAAUUGUUGCAUCAAGUAGGGGCCAUCGAAAGACCGCUCACCGUACCGACUAGCUUGGGCUUACUGCUGAGCCAACUAGGUGUCGGUAUUCAUCUCGGCAAAACGUUACUCUACGCCAUCUUGUUCCGUUGCGUAGAUCCCGUGCUCACCAUUAUUGCCUCCUUGAAGGUAGGCAAUCCUUUCACCGAACCGUUGGAUGAACAGGGCGAGCAGGAAAUUGUGCAACUAAAGCUAUCUCUGCAUGGCCGCACGUACAGCGACUGUAUGGUGCUGCUGCGAUUGUACCAGCAAUGGAGUCAAUGCAAGAGCAUGCAAACCGAUGAACGCAUCAUGAGGAACUAUCAUCUCAAGACCGGAGCAAUGGAAGCCAUUUCCAAUGCACGGGUAGAGCUAAUGUCAAUGUUGCGCGUACUGGGGAUAGUCAAAUGUGGCAAGUCGCAUAACGUCGAAGCGCUGAACAUUAACUCCAUGAAAUGGGCCCUGGUAAAGUGUUGCCUGGCGGCCGGAUUCUAUCCGCAGCUGGCCAUAGCGGACUACGAAAAGCAGCUAUUGACGACCAACUGUGGAAGUGAAUCGUUUAAACCGCAUCGUCUUUCGGUGGUGCAGAUUGACACUUUACCUGCGAAAUGGGUGCUCUACACUCGCAAGCUCGAGCACAUGCUGAAGAUGAAGAAGGUGGAUAGUCCUCCGGCUCAACUACUGGAAAACACUGUCAUUUCCGACUGGACGGUGCUGUUGGUGUGUGGUAUCGAUAGGUACGAUACGCUGGACAACGGUAACAUGCAGCAACGCGUACAAAAUGCCUGCUCCGAAGAACAGGGCAUGGUAGAGUUCAUCAUCGAUCGGAAGUACACGUUCCAGCUGCCGUUAGAAUAUUAUCGCACGGUUGAAUACAUCCGCCGAGAACUUGGACGAAUGUUUGUAAACUUCACCCGCAAUCUGCUGAAAACGUUUGAAGACAAGCAAACGGACGUGUUGGUGAAUUGCAUCGGCGACAUACUGCACCAGGAGGAUGUGAGCUCAAUGAUUGCGUACACCAUACACGAUGCGCGACCGAAGAUAAAGAAUUCCCUGCCGAUGGCAGCAUCGUGGAACUGCAUGGUCGGCUUGUUCGAUAAGCAAUAG